UCUUCUUUGCUCCCUCUCUCUCUCUACAAACCCCCCAACGCUAUCUUCUCUCUCUCUCUCUCUCUUCUUCAUCCUCCGCUCUGUUAUACAAUUACACACAGAGCACCACACCAUGUUCUGAGUUCUGUUUUCUUCAAUCUGUUUCUUUCUAAUUUUUGAAAAUUUUCGUAGAGAGACGUAACGGUUAUAUAUAUAUAUAUAUACGAAUCCAAUGUCUUCGUUGUUUUUUCUGUUGAACAACAACGGAUUCUCUCAUCUUUAGAAGAAGGUGAUUACGAAUUCGAUUCCAAUGGUGAGAUUCUUCUGUCUCUGUUUCGCCUUCUUCAUCCUCGUUUCUUCAAAUCCGAAAUUUGUCUUUUCGUGGGACGAGGCUGCGAUUGGAUUCGACCCGCCGACACCUUCUCCCUCUCCGGAGCCUUCACUAUCGCCGGAUUCUUCACCAUCGCCGGCGCCUUCACCGGAUGAUGAUGAUGUAUCCACGGUUUCAUGUGUGGAUGACCUAGGAGGUGUUGGCUCUUUAGAUUCCACGUGUAAGCUCGUCGCUGAUUUGAAUCUCACGCGUGACCUAAACAUCACCGGUAAAGGUAAUCUCCACGUUUUGCCCGGCGUUAGAUUGGUUUGUCGGUUUCCGGGAUGUUCGAUUACGAUCAAUAUCUCUGGGAAUUUCUCAUUGGCUGAGAAUUCGUCGGUUAUCGCCGGAACUUUCCGUCUCGCGGCGGAUAACGCUGAUUUUGGGGAAGGUUCGGCAGUGGAUACCACUGGAUUGGCUGGAGAACCUCCGCCGGGGACUAGCGGUACGCCGGAAGGUGUUGAAGGUGCCGGUGGUGGAUACGGUGGGAGAGGUGCGUGUUGUUUGUCGGAUACUACUACGAAGAUUCCCGAAGAUGUGUUCGGCGGUGAUGUUUACGGUUGGGCGUCACUGGAGAAGCCGGAGAUUUAUGGUAGCAGAGGUGGUUCCACGAGUAAUGAGGUUGAUUACGGUGGAGGUGGCGGCGGAACGGUGGCGAUUGAGAUUUUAGGGCAUAUUAGUUUAAACGGCAGCGUUUUAGCUGAUGGGGCCAGUGGUGGUGUUAAAGGUGGUGGUGGGUCCGGCGGCAGCAUCUUCGUCUUGGCACAUAAAAUGGCAGGAAAUGGUCGUUUAAGUGCAUCUGGGGGUGAUGGUUAUGCUGGUGGAGGUGCUGGACGGGUAUCAGUUCAUAUAUACAGCCGCCAUUCUGACCCAAAAAUCUUUUUCCAUGGAGGUAGUAGUUUUGGUUGUCCAGAAAAUGCUGGAGCUGCUGGAACUCUGUAUGAUGUUAUUUCGGAGAGCUUAACUAUCGACAACCACAAUAAGACAACAUUUACAGACACUCUUCUCCUGGAGUUCCCUAAUCAUCGCCUUUUCACCAAUUUGUAUAUCCGAAAUCGUACAAAGGUUGCUGUUCCCUUGCGCUGGAGCCGUGUCCAGGUUCAAGGACUGAUAAGUUUGUCAAAUGGUGGAGAGUUGAACUUUGGUCUUCCACGUUAUGCUUCUUCUGAAUUUGAAUUACUUGCUGAAGAACUCUUGAUGAGUAAUUCUGCUAUCAAGGUUUACGGGGCUUUACGGAUGACAGUAAAGGUGUUUUUGAUGUUGAAGUCAAGAAUGUUUAUAGAUGGCGGUGGUGUGACAAUACUGGGGACUUCAAUGCUCGAAAUUAGUAAUCUGUUGGUGCUUAAGGAUUCCUCCGUGAUCCAAUCCAGUGGAAACCUCGGAGUACAUGGGCAGGGUCUGUUGACUCUAACAGGCAGAGGAGAUACAAUUGAAGCACAGCGUCUGAUUUUGUCUCUGUUUUAUAGCAUCCAGGUUGGAGUUGGAGCGGUUUUGCGUGGUCCUUUGCAGAAUGCAUCAACUGGUGGCCUUACCCCAAAGCUUUACUGUCAACGCCAAGAUUGCCCUGUUGAACUACUCCACCCGCCGGAGGAUUGCAAUGUCAAUUCAUCCCUUCCAUUCACUCUUCAGAUCUGCCGAGUUGAGGAUAUUACUGUUGAAGGUCUCAUCAAAGGAUCUGUAAUCCAAUUCCAUCUGGCAAGAACGGUAAUCGUUCGCUCUUCUGGAACAAUAUCCGCAGAAGGGAUGGGCUGCAAAGGUGGAGUUGGGGCAGGUAGGUUUCUGAGAAGCGGUAUUGGGAGUGGUGGUGGACAUGGUGGUAAAGGCGGAAACGGGUGUUACAAUCAUACUUGCAUCGAGGGUGGAGAUUCUUAUGGAAAUGCAGACCUACCAUGUGAACUUGGCAGUGGAAGUGGAAAUGAAGAGUCAACAGAUUCAGUUGCUGGUGGAGGAAUCAUUGUGAUUGGUUCACUUGAGCACCCACUUUCAAGCUUGUCACUGGAAGGCUCGAUAACAACUGAUGGUGAAAGUCCCAGGAAGACGCUGAAAGGCCUAAGUAAUUCAAGUCUAGGACCUGGUGGUGGUUCAGGUGGAACCGUACUUUUAUUCUUGCGCACACUUGAGAUAGGGAGGUCUGCGAUUCUCUCUAGUGUUGGAGGAAAUGGAAGCCUAAAGGGAGGUGGUGGGGGAAGUGGUGGAAGGAUUCAUUUUCACUGGUCAGACAUUCCCACUGGUGAUGUCUAUCAUCCCGUUGCCAUAGUAAAGGGAAGAAUUUAUGUAAGCGGAGGGAUGGGUAUCAUUGAAGAUAACGUUGGAGGGAAUGGAACUUUGACUGGCAAAGCUUGUCCAGAAGGUCUCUACGGUUUAUUUUGCGAGGAAUGUCCAUCUGGCACUUAUAAGAAUGUUACUGGAUCUGAUAAAGCUCUUUGUCAUCUUUGUCCGGCUAAUGAUCUUCCCCAUCGUGCUGCAUAUGUCACUGUUCGAGGCGGUGUUGCAGAAACGCCUUGUCCAUAUAAAUGCAUUUCGGAUAGAUACCACAUGCCACACUGUUAUACUACGCUUGAAGAGCUUGUAUACACAUUUGGUGGACCCUGGUUGUUUGGUGUUCUUUUAGUAAUCGUGCUCCUCCUACUAGCACUUGUUUUCAGUGUCGCCCGGAUGAAAUUUGUUAGCGGUGACGAUUUACAUGGGUCUGCCCCGACCCAUCAUGGCUCUCAAAUUGAUCACUCAUUUCCAUUCCUCGAGUCCUUGAACGAGGUGAUGGAGACGAGCAGGGUGGAGGAAUCACAGGGCCACAUGCAUAGGAUCUAUUUCUUAGGUCCUAAUACUUUCAGUGAACCUUGGCAUCUUUCCCAUACACCCCCAGAGGAAAUAAAAGAGAUUGUGUAUGAGGCUGCGUUUAAUGGGUUUGUUGAUGAGGUCAAUGCUAUAGCUGCAUACCAGUGGUGGGAGGGUGCGAUUUACAUUAUGCUUUCAGUUCUUGUCUAUCCUCUUGCAUGGUCAUGGCAGCAAUCACGCCGAAGGCUGAAAUUUCAGAAACUCCGUGACUUUGUUCGAUCAGAAUAUGACCAUUCUUGUCUACGCUCUUGUCGUUCUAGAGCAUUAUAUGAAGGGCUAAAGGUAGCUGCUACUCCUGAUUUGAUGUUAGGUCAUCUAGAUUUCUUCCUUGGUGGUGAUGAAAAGAGAAGCGAUCUUCCUCCUCCAGUUCAUCGAAGACUUCCAAUGCCUUUAAUAUUUGGAGGAGACGGAAGUUACAUGGCCUAUUACUCACUCCAAAGUGACGAUAUUCUGACCAGUCUUCUGAGCCAGUUGGUCCCACCAACCACAUGGUAUCGCUUUGUUGCUGGUCUGAACGCUCAGCUGCGUCUAGUUCAGCAAGGGAAAUUGAGGUCCACGUUUCGCUCUGUUCUGAGAUGGAUUGAAACUCAUGGAAACCCUGCUUUGAAAAGACAUGGUGUACGUGUCGACCUAGCUAGGUUUCAGGCAUUGUCUUCGUCGUCUUGCCAGUAUGGAAUCCUUGUUCACACCAUUGUAGAUGACGUGCCAUCAGCAAGAAGCAGUCUUGAUGAAACAGAACAGCAGCAUCCAUGGGGGACACAAAUUGAGAACUCCCCUGAUGAUUUUAGGGAGAAUUUGCAUAGUAUUCAACCCCUAAGAAGCGCAAUCAACCACGUGAGGCAUCGAGAGUGUGGAGAAAUCAUAGACAUUGGAAGCUUACAAUUUCUCAAAGAAGAAAAAGAUGUCCUUUCCCUCAUCUCCUUCUUGAUUCAUAACACAAAACCUGUUGGCCAUCAGGAUCUGGUUGGUCUGGUUAUCUCGGUUCUACUCCUAGGAGAUCUAACUCUAAUGUUACUCACGCUGCUCCAACUCUACUCGAUAUCUUUGCUGGAUGUUUUUCUCGCUAUGUUUAUUUUACCUCUCAGCAUCAUUUUCACAUUCCCUGCCGGGGUCAGCGCUUUGUUUAGCCACGGACCAAGGCGCUCUGCUGGUCGCACACGCGUUUAUGCAUUGUGGAACGUCACAUCCUUGGUCAAUGUCGUUGUUGCCUUUGUGUGUGGAUAUGUUCACUAUCAUGGCUCAUCCUCUGGGAAAAAAAUCCCGUACCUCCAGCCAUGGAACAUUAGCGUGGAUGAGAACGAAUGGUGGAUAUUCCCAGUCGCUUUGUUUCUGUGCAAAGUCUUGCAAUCCCAACUUGUAAGCUGGCACGUUGCAAACCUCGAGAUACAAGAUUACUCCUUGUACAGUGAUGAUUCCGAGCUGUUCUGGCAGUCGUGAGACACAAACCAAACCAUAAUUUAUACAAAACAAGGUGGAGGGAGCUCGUUUUUUUAAAAGGCGUCUUCUGGUUUGUGCACAAGCUGAUUCAAAGAUUCUUUCAGGUGAAUAUAGCUAACUCUUAGAAAAGUAGGAAGAGAAAAGAAUAAUCCUGAAAACAUGCUUUUAUUUUGUUCCCACGCCAAGAUCCAUCUUGUGUUCUUUUUGGUAACAUUGAUGGAUCUCUCGGAUGAUCCGCACUGGGAUGUUGUUUUGCGGUUUAAAAUGAUGAAUGUCUUUACUACGAAGAUUCACUUUUAUUGUGUUGGUGCACUCUC